AUGGAGAGUAUUCCGGGAGCGGAGAGCCUCACCCACGGGCCACCGCCGGAUGCGAACCAGACUCCGGUUGAGUCUGCUUCCGAGUCUCGCUCACUCAAGCAGAACAAACGUUUAUCGCUCCCUUCUGCAAAACCAACAGCCCGCCAUGCCAAACGCCUCACCCUCAACUUCCCCGUAAACCUGAACGAACCCGAAUCAACAGCCGACGUCUCCUCACCCGGAGCUGCCACUCCGAUUACGCAACCCACCCGUCCACCCACCGCCCAGCCUGGAACACCCAUGUCUUUCGAUGUCCCGGAUGAUGGCUACGAUUUCCUGCGGGCUAUCGCCUCGCAGGAACGGAAGGUCAUGGAGCUCCGCGAGGAACUCCACCGGGCAGAGGCAGAUCUGGUGGCAAUCAAGAAGCAGUGGGCACUGUCUGAAAAGAACAGGAAACGAGCGGAGAUCAACCAUGCGGAACCACUGAUGCCGCUCCGAUCCCCUGAUUUCUCAGCCCCCGAGGCGUCAAAUACACACCACCGAGAGCAGAGCAUGAGCUCGGUUGGUUCUGCGGUAUCACAGGAACGGAUCAGUCGGGACCUUGAGCGACGUACCAGUGUUCGUGCUGCUGCAACCAACGGCACGAAGAUUGGCACGAACGGUCGGCGAGUGUUCCAAGGAGCACACACCCGGACCCUGUCUCUUCUGUCGCCGGUAACAGCUUCAGGCGGCUUCCCACGUGAGCCAGGUCUGUCCGAGGCUGAUCGCGUGGGCCGUACUCCUCGAUCUGCGACACUGCCUUCGGUGGAACGCAACAAUGCUGCUAGUGUGGGCGCGCAGCUGGACGAAAGCCAAGUACCAGAACAUCUGCUCGCCCAGUGGCGCAAGACUCUUCCUCCGCCUUCAAGGGAGGCCUUGAUGCGUACCGGCAAGCAAAUGGCGUCCGAUUUACGGGAAGGUCUUUGGACAUUCUUGGAAGACAUCCGACAAGCUACGGUGGGCGAGGAAGGUAUCAACGGAACACAAACACGAAACAUGUCACCCAAUUCAUUGGCGCCGCCAAAUGGUCGCAAGCGCGAUUCACUGGCCAAAUCACGGAGCCGAGAGCGGCUGCUAGCGGAUGGCAAGCUAUCAAGAUCAUCGUCAUCGUCUUCGCGGGGGAGGGGACCAGCGGUCGAGACAAAAACUGGUAAAGACACCAAGCCGGCGGAAAUUUCCACAUCCUUCUGGGACGAAUUCGGCAUUGAUACACCAGCUCAGAAGUCUCCGAACGCUCUCCGCGCCCCCUCCGACCAAAUAACCGCCCCAAACGAGGCGACCGACGCCGAACAGCCCGAUCGCCGCUCCAGCACUCCAGUCGAUGCACAGAAUGACGAGCUCGACAAUUGGGAUAGCUGGGAUACCCCCUCAUCCGGAAAGAAGUUGCACACGCCCUCAUCGAGCCGAUCGACUGUUGAAUCGAAGCAAGAUCAGUCACCCGUGACACAGGGCAGUAGCCCUCGAACAAGCGCUAGCUUUGGUGAUUGGAACCCAGCUUCCACUGCUCCUGAUCCCAGUGUCACCGAAGGCAUCCCCUGGCCUACCAUUACCAAACUGGCUCCCUCUAAGCUUCAACGAACUGCCUCCAAUUUGAUGGCAGAGUGGGAGCGCUCCUUGUCCCCGUCUCCGGAGCGAGCAUCCUCUCCUUCGCUGACUCGCAAGGACAGCAAGAAGGAUUAA